AUGUCCAGAGAAAUAAAACAGCUGUUAAAAGAGGCGAAGCAGGCAUUUGGCGAGAAACAAUUUAAAAUUGCCGAAGAAAAAUGUCACGAUGUUUUGAACGUCGAUCCAAUGAAUUAUCAUGCCAAUUUGUUGAUUGGGGCCAUUAAUCAAGAAACCAAUCCGACAAAGGCUGCCGAACAUCUUUAUAAAGCAACUGAAUGUCCCGGUGAUGCGAGCGUUGCAUUUCAAGGCCUGUUAAAAUGUGUACCAAACACUGAGAUGCCCGAUGUUUGCAAAAAAUACUUACAACGAGUUCCAUCAAGCUAUGUUAAAGUUCAUAAGCAAUUGGAAACAUGUGCAUUGGCACAAAAGACGAUGAUUGCAUGCAUUGAAAUUCUUGAGAAUGAAUUGAAUUCGGCCAGCGAUGCGGCACAAGUUAAAUCGGCCAACGAAAGUUUGGUUCAAAUUUAUAUGACGUGUCAAAACAUUGAUCGCUCUUUGUGGCCAUUGUUUCGUAAAGUAUUCGAAUCUACAAUACACGAUCCGCAUAUUCGUGAUCAUUGUAAGGUCUAUAUUAAAUAUUUGAAAUUAUUACGAAAUCUGAAAGAGCAUGAAACGUUGCUGAAAUGUUCCGUUCAAAUGCUCGAAAUUUAUCCCAACGAAUUUAUACCAAUGGAUAUGAUAUGCUGGGUUUAUGUUCAAAAGUACUAUGAAAAUGAUUUUAAGUUCAAGGAAAUUGUGCCGAAGUCAAUUGAAUCGUAUGCAGAUGAAGUGCUUGAAAUUAGCGGCUCACGACCAUCACCCAAUGCACUUAUAGCCAAAAGUAUUUAUUUGUACGAAACGCAGAGCUAUGUUGCAGCUAGAGACUAUCUCUAUAGAGCGAAUAGCGAAGAAGAAUUAUGUUUUCGAUUACUGGCCGAUACUCAUUUGAAAUUACAUGCAUUUACAUUGGCUGAAUACUGUUACACAAAGAUAAAAAUUGUCAACUUAAAUUAUUUUCAAAGCUUAGUGGAACAGAACUCAUCAACUAAAGCAUCGUUAUUUAUUUCGUCGAUGGAAAAGGAUGAGAUUCAAUUAACCGCAGAUGAAAAGGUGAAACUAACGGAGAUUUAUAUCAAUCAACUGUUGGUGUACAAACUAAAAUAUGAGCACCAAUAUGAAAAGUGUCUGGAAAUUUUACGAUCAUGUGAUGAUGAAUCGUGUGAAUAUUUCAUGCAGUUGGGUGAAAUAAAUUUCAAUUUAAAGAAUUAUCCCGAGGCGCUAAACGCAAUAUUAAGAGCAACAAAACUCGAACCAUACAAUGCCGAUUGUUUCUUUUGGUUGGGUAAAAUCUAUAUGCAAAACGGUGAUGUCGAACGUGCACGAAAAUGUUUUGAAAAGAGUGUCUUUUUGAAUACACAACACGAACAAAGUGUUAUAUUUUUAAGCACAAUCUACCGACAAAAUUCGGAAUGGGAAUUAAAUGCGAAAUUAUUGCAAAAUGCAGCUCAAGCGAUACCAAAUACACCGUGCAAAUGGGCAACACUACUGUUGGGUUUUCAUCAUUUGGCACAAAAUCAAUUUGAUGAUGCAAUCACUGCGUUUCGUGCCGUUUUACGAAUCGAUGCCAAACAUUAUGCCAGCUGGGAAGGGUUAGCCGAUUCGUAUUUGAAACGCGGUUCAUACAGUUCGGCACUGAAAGUUUAUCGGAAAAUUUGCGAUUUAACCGAUGACAAUAUUUAUGCACAACUGCAAGUG